AUGGCCAGGCGGGGCCGAAAGAAAGUCGCCUCCGCCCUGGUCAGCGCGCCUGUGGAGAAGGAAGUUAGUAACAACGAUGGUAACAACAAAGCUGAUCUUAAGCUCUCCGGUUCUCGGCUUCUGUGUGCCUUUGAUCUGACUUUAAACGUCCAGAACUUGGGGAGUGGGCCGCGCGGUUCUCGGCGGUGCCUGGGGUCUGGGACGUGGAGAUGCCGAGACCCGCGUGUACGAGACGGAGCCCCGCGCGCAGCCUACGGGACCGCAGGGGGCGCUGGCGAGGCCGAUGGGGGGCUGCUGGGGACCCCCGCGGGGAAGGAAAGGCUGCUGGGGACCCCCGCGGGGAAGGAAAGGCUGCUGGGGAUCCCCGCGGGGAAGGAAAGCCGAGCCGAGGCGCCGGCUUCCGUGCUCCCGCCCCUAGCGCCUGCUUCCCAGCCUCCUGCGGCCGCUGGGUCCUGGGGAGGCGGUGGGGGAAGAACCGCGCUGCCUCCGCCGGGCUGGUCCUGGGAAAGCAGAAGCGAGCCCUGUUCUGAGAGUCCCGCGAGCCGUGAUCCUGGAAGAGAAACCAGGGGCGGGCGCAGGAGGAGAAACCCGGCCGCCGUCAGACCUCGCGCUUGGACGGGCCGCCAGCAGGGUCCCAGUGGGGACGGAGGGCCACCGCAUGGACGCGGAGCCUUGACGGUUACGGCACUUCCCCUGCCGCGCGGCUGCGGGUUUUCGGGGUGCGCCCGCCCUGCCCCGCCCUACACGGAGGAGGGGGACGGCCCGCGCGCACCCAGGCCACGACAGGACCCGGCCCGGGACCCCGAGAGCCGCCGCAGCCAUCUGGAGUCCAGACCUCCGCUGCUUUCCUACGAACUCGACCCUCCCGGGACCCCCCAGCCCCUGCGAGGACCUCGCCCCGCCGGGCGCCCCCAGACCCCUGAACCCUCCCCCGACGCGGCUGUGCGUCCUCCCCACCCAUCGGGUCCCCAGGACCCAUCCUCCGACCCAUCCCGUCGCUUCGCGCCGGCCCGCCACCCCCAUCCUUCCCCGGGUCCCCAGGGCGGCUCUGUCAGCCCCCUUCGAUCCGGUCGGCUGCCGGUCCUGCAGCGGGCCAUGCUGCCGCGCGCGCUCGGACCCCGGCUCCGGCUCCUGGCGCUGCUGCUCCCGCUGCUGCCGCGGCUCGCGCGCGCCCCGGAACCUGCGGCGCAGGGCGUGAGCCUAGGAGUGGACUGGCUGACCCGCUACGGCUACCUGCCGCCUCCCCAUCCAGCCCAGGCCCAGCUUCAGAGUCCUGCGCAACUGCGGGAUGCGAUCAAGGUCAUGCAGCGCUUUGCUGGGCUGCCUGAGACGGGCCUCAUGGACGCAGUGACAAUGGCCACCAUGCACAAGCCCCGUUGCUCCCUGCCCGACGUGCUGGGGGUGGCGGGGCUGGUCAAGCGCCGCCGUCGCUACGCUCUGAGUGGCAGCGUGUGGAAGAAGCGGAUCCUGACGUGGAGGGUGCGUUCCUUCCCCCGGAGCGCCCAGCUGAGCCAGGACCUCGUGCGAACCCUCAUGCAGUAUGCCCUGGACGCCUGGGGUGUCCAGUCAGGCCUCAGAUUCAGGGAGGUGGGGUCUCAGGACCCUGAACCUGACAUUCUCAUUGACUUUGCCCGGGCCUACCACCAGGACAGUUACCCCUUCGACGGGCUGGGAGGCACCCUGGCCCAUGCCUUCUUCCCCGGGGAGCACCCCAUCUCCGGGGACACGCACUUCGACGAUGAGGAGGCCUGGACUUUUGGCUCGAAAGAUGGCGAGGGGACAGACCUGUUUGCUGUGGCUGUCCAUGAGUUUGGCCACGCCCUGGGCCUGGCCCACUCCUCAGCACCCGACUCCAUCAUGAGGCCCUUCUACCAGGGCCCCGUGGGUGACCCCAGCAAGUACCGCUUGCCCCAGGAUGACCGUGAGGGCCUGCAGCAGCUCUAUGGGAAAGGGCCCCAAACCCCACAUGAGGAGCCCACAAGGAAGCCCCUGGCUCCUCCUCCCCAGCCCCCGGUGCUGCCCCCGGACAGCCCCUCAUCCCCCGUUCCUGACCGAUGUGAGGGCAAUUUUGACGCCAUCGCCAACAUCCGAGGAGAAACCUUCUUCUUUAAAGGCCCCUGGUUCUGGCGCCUCCAGCCCUCGGGACAGCUGGUAUCCCCCCGGCCUGCCCGGCUGCACGGCUUCUGGGAGUGGCUGCCCACCCAUGUGAGGGUCAUCGAGGCCGCCUAUGCCCGGCACCGAGAUGGCCGCAUUAUCCUCUUUAGCGGCCCCCAAUUCUGGGUGUUCAAGGACCGGCAGCUGGAGGGCGCCGCCAGGCCGCUGACGGAGCUAGGGCUGCCCCCGGGCGAGCGGGUGGACGCAGUGUUCUCGUGGCCGCUGAACGGGAAGACCUACCUGGUCCGCGGCCAGCAGUACUGGCGGUAUGACGAGGCGGCUGCCAGCCCGGACCCCGGAUACCCGCGCGCCCUAAGUCUCUGGGAGGGGGCGCCUUCCGACCCCGAUGACGUCACCGUCAGCAACACAGGUGACACCUACUUCUUCAAGGGCGCCUACUACUGGCGCUUUGCCAAGGGCAGCGUCAUGGCCGAUCCGGACUCCCCCCAACCCAUAGGGCCCAAGUGGCUGGACUGCCCUGCCCCCAGCGGUGGCCCCCCUAAAGCGCACCCCACGCCUGGAGACUGCAAUUGUCAGUGCGAGAUCAAUCAGGCCGCGGGGCCCCCGCCCCUGCCCCUCUUGCUGCCCUUCCUGUCCCUGCUGGUGGGGGGCGUUGCCUCUCUCUGAGGGGGCAGCAACCUUAGCCUGAGAAUCUCCCGUCACUGGACUUGGUGCGGGGUUGCAAGUAGCUUGGCAGCCAAUUGUCUGUUUCCAAGGUUGGGGUAUGGGGCUUCGCGGGCCGGGAG